AGUCUCGUCCGCUGGCGUCGCGCUGCUUGUCCGGAAGCACGAGCAGACCGCCAUGCCGCCUUAGGCCACCAUGUCAGAGCGACAAGUGCGUCACGUGGUGGUGACUCGCCGCAACUCGUCCAGCGGCCCGCCGUCAGCGCUGCCGCGCCCGCCACGGCCUGUCGAGGAACCACAGUUCGAUCUUGUCUGCAAGGUGAUGCUGCUGGGCGACUCCGGCGUGGGCAAGACGUGCCUGCUGGUGCGCUUCCGGGACGGCCGCUUCCUCAGCGGCAGCUUCAUCUCCACCGUGGGCAUCGACUUCCGGAACAAAGUGGUGACGGUGGACGGCAGCCGCGUGAAGCUGCAGAUCUGGGACACGGCGGGCCAGGAGCGUUUUCGCAGCGUCACGCAUGCCUACUACCGCGAUGCACACGCACUCCUGCUGCUGUACGAUGUGACGAACAAGACGAGCUUCGACAACAUUCGGGCGUGGCUGGGCGAGAUCCGCGAGUACGCCCAGGAUGACGUCGUCAUCAUGCUGCUGGGCAACAAGGCAGAUUGCGGCUCAGAUCGGUUGGUGAGGAAGGAGGAUGGUGAGCGGCUAGCACGAGAGUACAAUGUUGCCUUCAUGGAAACCUCCGCUAAGACUGGCCUCAAUGUAGAACUCAGCUUCCUGGCUGUUGCCAGGGAGCUGAAGGCACGCAAGAGUGGGAAUUCAGAUGCCAACAAGUUCAACGUACAAGAGUAUGUGCGAGAACAGGCACAGCGUGGCUCAUGCCCACCAUGCAACACGUGAGCUUUCAGGACUGUCGUCUCUGCUGUGUUAAGAAUGUUUUGUACCUGCUAGUGUGUUGCACAUGGACUGCUGUGUCAUCUACAACAGAUCUGAAUACUUAAGAUAAAAUGAUAUAUUAUGAAUAGCCUUCAUUCAGUUGAUUUUAUUAGUUCGUUGCAACAUCGUAAGUUACCAAGCCAUAAAAUUGCUAGUGUACUCUAUGCAAAUAUAAUGUCACUGAUAUUGAUAAUUGGGUACAUUUCCCAUGGAAGAAAAUAAAACUAAAAUCUUGAACACUGGCAAUGGAUGCCUCCAGUUACAUUUUGUCAAGGUAAUGCUGCUACACUCCAGCACAUUCUUUUAUGCAGAACUAUUGAUAUGAAAAUAAAAGAUACAGAGAUUGGAACAAUCUGUUUAACAUAUCAGUAACGUUUGUUUUCAUCAUAGAAUGUAAUGCUUAGUUACAGAAAAUAGUCUCAUUCGGUUUAAUAAAACUAUUUUUAUGCCUAUAAUCCUUCAAUCACAUCACUAAAAUUGGACCAAUUAUGUCCCACUAGAAUAAUGUUUGAAAUGCUGCAGGGUCAUUUAACUAAAACAACUUUCAAAUGAGUACUUCUUCUUUCAUAGUGAAUAACUGUACUGAGUAUUUUUGAUAAGCUAUUUAGCUUAGUGGGAAACACAUCCAAACAAUUAAGCUUAUUUCAACAUUAGUGAGGUUUUUAAAUACAAGCCCUUGACAUAAUUCAGUUUUUAAUUCAUUUCAGUUCAGAUGAAUCUCUUAUUUGUAACUAUACUCCUAUUUAUCCUCUUUUUGUUAAAGACAAUAGGAGUACUACUUUGGGGUGUUAUUUAAACUACUGAUUCCAUGCAUUAUUUUAAAAAUAAAACUUGUGAAGGCUCAGUGGGUAAUAGCUAUACAUGUUCCAUUUUCCAUAUUUCCAGGGAGAGUAUAUUUCAAAUUUUUCCACAAAUACAUUACAUUUUAUCUUUCAGAUACUAAACUCAAAGAGAUCUUCUCCCCCCACCCCCACCCCACAACUGCUCCCCCCUCCCAAAUCACCAUUUCUGAUACUUUGUGAAUUCAAAUAUAGUAUUCUCAAGCAGAGAUCAUUUCUCUGUCCACCAUCCCCCUCCUCCCACUGCUUGAUUAAAAACUAGUCUCAGCUGUUGCAAUAUACACACUGCCUUUUAUUACACCCUUUUAAUACUGACAUUAGCAAAUAGUACAUGCAGUUAUUAUUUAAUAUUGCUCUAAAAAUAUUUUAGCUAAACUAUGUCAGCUUAUACUCAUACGAAGCUCUUACCUUUGCUCCUGAAUUAUUAUUUCUCAUAGUUACUUUCAGUUAUGAGGUUUUAUGACUACUGUCUUCCACCACUCUUUAUGUUUCUUAUCCUAACAUUCAAAUGUAAAUAAUCAUAAAACUCACUGUAUUAUUCACAAUAAUUAUGGGCAUGCAAUGUUACUCAUUAUUUUCAUGUACACAGUGAGAUUUGAUCUCACUUGACAAUAAUGUUACCUUGGAGAUUCAUGGGACUUGCUUACUGUCUAAUUCUAGGGAACCAUGCAAAAGUUUCUGUCUUUGUUAAAACUGUGUGUUGUUUUCUCAGUAGGGGCUCUGAAAUAUACUGACUAAUGAAGCCACCUUCUUCUUAUGAAGGAAAUUUGUCAUACAAUCCACUAUCAUUUGGUAAUCAUGUCUGCACUUCCAUACUAACAAUUUAUUUCCCUGUAGUUAAAAGCUAUUUUUCUUUAUUACAUCUUUUGCCUGUGUUACACUUUUAACUUAUUCCAUUGUAACAGGAAUACCUUUUCCCUUAGAGCCAUUACUAGAUGCACUAAAUCAAAUGAAAAAGCGUAAAAUGAGGAUCUAGAAAAGUCCAUUAAUAUUGCCACAGAAAUGAAGCAGCUCAUACCAAAUUGAAGACAGUGCUCAGUGCAUAGUUCCAAGUCAAAAUGGUACUCUCUGUGGGCAUAAACUAGUGAUAACUGCCAGUUUAAGAAACUGCCAGCAAAUAUAUGAACAAAAUAGCCAUGUGGCACUAGUCCUUAGGGUACAUGGCUACUCUCUUAAUAUAUUUUCUUUAUGUAUAACAAAAUUAGACCAUAUCAAACAUAAAAACAUUAGUGAGGGUCAAGUGUAAAAUUAACUGACAAUUUCAAUUCUAAAAAUUUAAAAGAGUUCUACACAAACCAUUAAUCAUACAGGAACAAUUGAGACAGUGGCUGGAAAAAGGGAUAUAGACAGAAAUCAUGUUUUUGAGACACAGAGCUUUAAAAUUUUGUUUUCUGUUUACAAAAUUAUUUCAUUUAUACCCCACUAUAAUUCUUGCAUUCUGAGUUAAAUAUAAGCUUCCUUAUUAGAAUAAGUUCAGUUUCUUGACAUUUAAAUACUUAUUUCAUUAGAGCACGAGUCUUUAAAAAGCUUUCUCUGCCUAGCAAAUACUGUAAUAAUUGAUUAUGUAAUAAAAAACCUGUAAACAGAAAAUUAUUUGUGCAGAUAAUGCAAUUUAUUACUGAAGUUGAAAAUGAACACUCAUUUUAUAAAUAAUACUAUUGCCAACAAUAUACAAAUGUUAUCAGUUAAUACCUACAAGACAUGCAAAUCACCUUCAUUAUCAGAUAUACGUGCUUCUGGAGUAGCUGGGUAUCUUUACACUACAUAACUUUCAGUUCAAUCUUGCCUGGUCAGUGAACUGGCAUAAGUCUUGAACAUCCUUUAUCUCUGUUGCGUUUACCAACACUGGAGAACAAUCAUUACACUGAACUGAUUCAAGUGUUUGUAUGUCAGAUACACAAAAAAACAGAAAUGAACAUAACUUAGUGUGUAAGUUCCUGAAGCACAUAAUGUUCCAUCUGUUUUGUAUUGUAGCCAUACUCUGAAUUCAUCUAGAAAAAGGAGGCCUGUAGAAAGAACUUGCACAUUAAUCCAUUCCAGGCUCUGAUUAUAUCAGCAUCAAAUCAAGCAUUGAAUGGUGGAGAUUAGCAUAAACUGAUUGCUUCAAGGUACGGCUUAGCUGUAGGAAUAAUGGUUUCCUUCUUUAGAGCUUAUGAUAAAAUUUCUAACGCACAAGAAGAAAAAGUGUCCACACAUUGAGAAGAGAAGUAUAAUGACAUUCCAUAUGAACAACAAGUAAUGAUGGCCAAAUUCUUAUUUUGCCCACAUGCAGCAUUAGUAAGAAAUAUUAUGUUUGAACAUGUACAUCUACAGCAGUCUUUUGUACAACUGCCUGGUAACAUUCAGCUUUGAUGCCAGAAAAGUUUUGGGCAUCAUUGAAUUCUAUGGCAAUACAUCUCUCACUGUCUUUAGCUUCCUCUAAAAUUUCUCUUUUAAUUUCAAAGUAUUUUUCAAUCUUUUUCUUGUGAAGUAAGCGUUCAACUCUGCAGCUGUCAUUAGGACUAUGUUUAAGUUUCCUCUCACACUGUGAACAAUAGUCACACACAUCAUUUUUAGAUUCGCAGAAUGACACUCUACAUUUCUGUGUAAAAAAUUUGAAGUAUGCAUUUUAUUUCAUAGUAAUAGCUUUCCCAUUUUGAUCCUUAAAAUAUUUCCUGAACAUUUUGUAAAGUACUUUAACAUUUAAAUCUGGAUCAUCAAAAUAAUAAUAGAUUUAUGAAUAUAAUAGAAGGAAACAUUCCACGUGGGAAAAAAUAUAUAUAAAAACAAAGAUGAUUUGACUUACCAAACGAAAGCACUGGCACGUCGAUAGACACACAAACAAACACAAACAUACACACAAAAUUCUAGCUUUCGCAACCAAUGGUUGUCUGCUUGUGUCUGUAUAAGGGUGGAUGGAUAUGUGUGUGUGUGUGCGAGUGUAUACCCGUCCUUUUUUCCCCCUAAGGUAAGUCUUUCCGCUCCCGGGAUUGGAAUGACUCCUUACCCUCUCCCUUAAAACCCAAAUCCUUUUGUCUUUCCCUCUCCUUCCCUCUUUCCUGAUGAGGCAACCGUUGGUUGCGAAAGGUAGAAUUUUGUGUUUAUGUUUAUGUUUGUUUGUGUGUCUAUCGACGUGCCAGCGCUUUCAUUUGGUAAGUCAAAUCAUCUUUGUUUUUAAAUAUAAUAAUAGAUUUACUUUGACAGUAAUGACUUCUUUUUUUGUACAGGUGCUUUGUCAUCAACUCCCAUAUAUUUUGACCAAACUCAAUAGCCUGUUAGCAUGAGCACCUUUUGCUUUCUCAAAAGAUUUAUUUAGCACAACUUUCUCCUGAAUGCAGGACACUCUCUUAACACCGACCUUAAGUAAAGUUAAUAAAAAUUGGUGACAAAUUUUGACUUAUGUUCCUUGCAGAUUUAGCCUAUAUGCCAAGACAUGUGAUCAAUUCUUUGCAGUACUUAGAGGUACAGUUUUUGGUUCAUUACUUAUGAUAAAAUUAGCUUGUAUCAUAUGUUAUAUUUAUAUAGACCCACUUAACUAAAACCUUUUGAAUAAUUAUUCUUGAUAUUCCUCAUUUAAAUGUUUCUUCUUGCAAUGUUUGUCUGGCAACAGCCCUUUAUACAUGCAAAUAUGUUUACCAGUGUUAACUUAUUCAAAGCAGUAAUACGCUGUUUGGCUAUAUUUCUUGCUGCUAUUGUAUAUUCAUUAAUCCAAAAUUCUCCCCUUGUUGGUUUUCUUCAACCAGAAUGGACAGACUUGUGCUGUAGGCCAUUUGUUUAUUCAGAAUGUAUGUCUAGAAAGUUACAUGAGUGAACAUAACAUACUCCCAUACUUCUUUUAUGAUAACAAAGCAUCAAAUUUUAAAUUAAAAGCUACUGUACAGUAUCUAUCAUCAUUAUGCAGCAGUAAUAAGCUGUGCAAUCAUUCAGUCAAACUGCUCUCCUGGCCUCUAGAGUCAGCUGGUUGAAUCAUAAAUUGCAGAGAUUAAGAUGAAAGUAUAGUGGAUUAUUUAAACAUGUGGGUGGAAAAAAGGUGCAUAAGCCAUGUACCUUUUUUCCAGUUGCUGUCUCAGUUAUCCUACAGUAUAUACCAACCAAUAAAUGUGAAUAACAAGACAACAGUUAGAAAUGAAUUACUGUUUCUCAUACUUUUCAUUCUCUGUGCUGAAAGAUCAUACAGUCUGUUUCAGUUUGGACUCAAUGUAGAGUGAGGGUCCUAUCUCUUAAUUAAGACAUAAUAGUGGAGAGGUAGUCCCAAUUGAGAAUAUUUUUGGAGUGGAUUUCCACUUGUAAUGUUUUCGUUACUGUUAAGGGAAAGUGCCUGUAAACUUUGGUCAGAGCAGAAGGAUCAAUUUUUCAUAUGGCCAAAUUCUUAUUUUGCCCACACGCAGCAUUAGUAAGACAUAUUAUGUUUGAACAUGUACAUCUACAGCAUUAUGCAGCAUGCAGAUUUUCAUCAAUUUUUCAUAUAAUUUUCUAUUUUCCAUAUAAUUUUGGGGCAGUGUGUCUCACACAAAAAAAUUCAAUGUCUAAUGUUUACAUAAAUGACUGGUUUAUGUGUAUACAGAGUAAAGUUGAUGACUUUCUUGACAACUGAAUUGUACUUACAUCACUGCUGACUGUGACUUUGCUUUUAUUUCUUUUUUUGUUAUUAUUACAAGAAAGACCAAAUUUUUACAUUAGCAGAUAUCAUAACAUUGAGCAACCUUUAUCCAUGUCUCAGAUUUAUAUGAUUAAAGUGAAAACUGCUGCAAUAAAACCAAACUAGAAGAUUUUAUUGAUGAAAAUGAGUGCUACACUACAGGCAUUAAAGCAAUAUUUAUUUAAAUGUAAGGGCAGCCAAUAAAAGUGUAGGAAGUUUGAACACUUGCUGCACAGUCAGCAGCAGACACAGGCAAGUGCAGAGAACAUGAAGCACAUCAUCAUUUUGUUAAGGAGCCUUGUAGCCUUCAUAGUUCCUAAAAAAUCAUUAGAGCUGAACUCUGUCCAUUCAUUGAAGAGUAUAUUUGAAUGUGUUCUUUUAUGAGCAAAACUUUUUACCUUCAAGCACAUUUCAAAUACAGCCCUUAGGUAUCCUGUGCAAAUUUUUCAGCUUAUUUUCUAUAUAGUCCACACCACGUCUCCAGUCUUGCAGAUGACUAUGCAGGUUACAUUUACAUAGUUAUUGUUGGUUGUUUUAUCAAUCUGUUAUCAGUUGUUUGUUAUGGGAAUGGUGCCAUCUUGACAUGAGACUAUACUUUCAGCACUGUCUUCAGUGCGGUCUGACUUGCUUUAUUUAUAUUGUAAUGUCAUUCAGUUUCUUCCUUCUUGAUUUUACACUUUCACAUUUCAUGUACAAUAUCUGAAGAAGGCCAUAAGCCAAAAAUUUUAUGUAACUAUAAAUUAAAUAAAUUAAAGGUUUUAUAUAGACAGAAAUUGGAAUAAAGUGCAGAAAUGGAUCAUAUUUCCUCCAUUGACAAUAAGCUGUUAGUUACAAAUGAACUUCAAAUGUUGAAACUGUUCAUGAGUUUUGUGUUCUUUAAAGAUGACAGUUUUGACCUUUCAUAAGAAUAUUUUGUCAUGUAAUUGUAGUGAAAAAUCAAUUGCAACCCUGUAUAUUUGUGUAACACUGGCACAAAAAUAAAUGAAAUGGAAACAAAUUUGUUUAAAUUUUUUGCUAAAAGUAGCUGCCCACUUAUCUGGUUACAGAUAAUAAAUAAUAUAUAUCCACAUUCCCUGUGGCAGAAAAUUAAUCAGUGGUAAGAAUUUGCAUUGUGCUGGUGAAGAGAUUUUGCAUAAAAUUUAAACAAACAUGUUGUGCUUUGUGUACCUUAUGCCAUUUCAUAAUUGACCUACAAAUGAAAUGAAAUCAAAAUUAUCUGAAGCUCAUUUAAGACAAAAGUAUUCCCAAGGUAAACUGAUUUAAAAGAACUCAAAAUGUUUAUAUGUUUGCAAAAAUAUUUUCUUAAAUUGUUGUAAUGUCUCUUUCAACCUUUUUUUAUAUUGUUGUAAACUGCUUCAUGUCACAAACUUUUUAAAUAUAUUUUGAUAAAGAUAAUAAUACAUUCAGAAGUACAUAUAACUUUAAUUUGUCCUUCAAAUUGUUCAAGUCUAACUGAAAAGCAAAGAAAGAAAAAAUUGUCACAGAAAUAAAUUUGAUCCUAUUGCCAAACUUUCUCAGCUUGUCAGACAUAGUCUUGUCAUUCAGAACCAAAUGCGGUCUUUGUUUUUACCCAAUUUUCAUGUAUUUUGCUAUUGGAAAAGAAUAUGUAAUUGUAUAAUAUCUACAGGAUCCCAGCCAGUCUUAGAAUUUCCAAACUGAAGAAAGAAUAACAGUGAUAGCAGAAAAAAUAAUAUAGGUGGAGGUUAAUUUACAUGCUCCAGUUUUCAAUAAUUUCACAGCAGUGCUGAGAUGAAUAUCUUUACUCAUUUGAAACGAAUGUAAGUCAUUUGAAUGAAGGCAAUGGAUACUGUGUAAGGCAUAUAUUGCAGAAAAUGUGUUAAGCAUGUUGUUACUGUCUUGUUGUCUAUACCAAUUGUACUUGCAUUUUAUGUGUGAAUAACUCUUUUAUAUGUAAGUUUGAUGUGGAAAAGAAUAUAACAUAAUUGUUAAACCUGAAGGAAUAAAGAUGUGUAUUUAUAAUAGAGAAAAUUGCUACAGAAUUAUUUAUGUGGAGUUUAAGUCACAACAGCAGUAAGUAUUAGAUUACUUUAAUUGAAUUUUUUUACAAUUCUUGUUCUUCUAUAACCAGUUUUUUUCGGAUAAGUUUGCACAUCUCCUUCUGUUGUAGUGAACACAAAGGUGAUGGAAAAAUCAAAGAACAGAAAAAAUAAGUUCAAAAAUUUUAUUUCAUUAUGUCCAGCAUUAUAAGUGUUUUUUCAUCCUUCUCCUUUAUUUAUUUGUAAUCUAUGGAAUCUUUCCUGUUUUUACAGAUCACAGGAAUUCCAGUAAGAAAGAUGAUGUUAAUAUAUAUAGAAGUGUAGAGUCUAUUGAGCAUAUUAUAAAAUGUUUGUUGUUGGCAAAAUUGUAUCUUUAUAAAAUAUGUUAUGAAACCAUUAAAUAUUCUUAAGAUAAUGUUGCUGGUGAUGCUUUAUGUACAAGUAUAUAUACAUGAAAAUGAUUCACAUAAAAAUGCAAACUAUUGUCUACAUGCAAAAGACAAUAGUUGUAUUUUCUUUCAUAGUUAGUGAUUAGGCAAUAGAUAUUGCAUACAAAUGUCGGAAUGACCAGUGGCAACAGUUGCAAAACCAAGCAAGUAAUCUUAAGUGACUUGAAAUACUCCAUGAGUGUAUUUGAAUUACCAAAAGAACUAAGCAGCUAAAAAUCAUGAAAAACAAUAAAUGAGUAGCAUUAUUUGCAGGAAAUAAAACAUUUCUGUUGGACUUGUUUCUUUUCUUAUUUUCUUAUUUUUUAAGUAUUUGUAAGUGCAUGUAACAGGUGUAAUUUAAAUAAAAUUCAUUCAACUGGUUGUAAGUUUUGCAAAGCCACAUGUCUGAAAGUGGUUACCAUCUGUUAACAAAAUGCAUUAUUUGCAGUACAAAUAGAGCUCCUUCUUACGUACUUGUGUCAUGUGCACUAUUUUUGGAACAGUUAGCUGCAGUAGUUUCGCUCAUACAAUAAUGAGAUACCUCAUCGCACAUGGGCAGUAGUUCCAACCAACAUUUCUGUUUGUACUAAGAUGUCUUUUACUGUGCCUGUAAUACUUGUUCAUGAAGGAAUCUCCGUAUGUUGACCGUUGAUGUAGUUAUCAGUGAAAGUUGUACUGAUUUUACUGAUAUAUAUAUAUGUAUGAAAAAUAUGAUUGUAAGGUACUUGUAUGUAUGAGUGUGAUCUUUCAAGCUUUCUCUGUAAAACAUAAUCUGCAGGUUUUUGGUUUGCAGCUUCAUGUAACGAUAAUGUUAACUUGGCUGAAAACUUGCACAUCUGGAGUUUAUAUAUUAGAAUGUCUAUGUGCAGAAAUACUUAAAAAAAGUCAAUUAUAAGCACAGCUGACUGAAGACACUGUAUUAAUAUUUUUAAUUUCAAUUUCAACCCUCUGAUAUAAUGUAAAAUUAAUAUAUAAUUGCUCAUUAUUUAGUUACCAGACUAACAGUUGAGCUGUUUAGAUUCUUUGAAUGCACUAUUUUGAAAUGUGUAUGCCUGCAAGAACAGUGAUGUGUUUUACUUUGCUGUAUAUAUGGUAAUUCUGGCCAUAACUGUGCAUCAUUAUUAGUUGAAGAAUAAAAACCUGUUUGAGAAUGAUUGUGAAAGAUAUUUGUUGUUUCCAACUGCUGAAAAGUACAGCACUUUUUACAGCUGAAUUGAUCAUAACAUGGACAUUGUUAUGAUUUAUGUAAAUUUGUCCAUAUGAAUAUAUAGAUAUGAAGUCACAAA